AUGGCACCUGGGCAGGCAGGUAAGAGAAAGCGCGGUGAACGCUCUUGGCCCAAUGAAUCGCCAAAUAACCAAGGCUCGCGACCCUCACCUCACCGACCCGGUGCACUCAACAUGGCAGGACACGGCGGGCAUCAGUCAAGUCCCUCACGAGACCAGCAAGAUGGGCGCGAUCGGUCUCACCGACAAUCCAAUCGUGGAUCUGGUCGAAACUAUUCCCACCGCCAGUCGUACGACAGCCAGAAUUUUUCGAGUUCGCAACAGAGAGAAUCCAGCGCAAUGUCUCCGCCCCCGCCGGCUCAGUCCAAGGAUGCCACAGAACCUUCGCAAGUCAAUGGCGAGCCCACUGUAAAUAACCCUACGCCAUCGCCUGCUCCCAAUACCCCCGUCCUCCCUUCACAACCGCGACCUGCUUCACGAUCUGGCUCCGAGACCACCGUCAGUCGCCCCGCAGGUCCGCCUCCUCCCUACGAUUACGAGUUCGUCACAGAUAGCGCGGUUCACGAAUGGUCGUCGGCAGGAAAGCAAAAGGUCGUGGAAGAAGGAAGCGCGGCCCAAUCACAGCAGGAUCUGCCGCGCUUAGCAUCGAUCUACCAGGAGCUUAUUCGGUCAGCGAUCUACGGUCGCCUUUCCCCGUCUGAAGCCGGUUCCGCAGUCAAAAAUAUCAUCAGAGAGAAAGCCACAUCGCAGGAUGUGGAUAUGGAGGCCGAGGGCCACCAAUCCUCAAGCUCGCAGUUUGACGCGCAGUCUCUAUUCCUUGACACGCUUUCUAUCGUUACAGAUGCUGACACUUCCAACCCUGCCCUCAAACCUCUUGUUUUCGCAACCUCAAUAUCUCCAGAUCUCAUGCGCCUCCAGCUUGAAACACCCCUGUUGCAGUCAUUGGGAUUGGUCCGCGACACCUUUGCUCGUAUGGGUAUUCGCAAACAGACCAACUUGCUUUACCGACAGUCGAACUACAAUCUUCUUCGCGAGGAGUCCGAAGGUUACUCGAAACUUCUUACUGAGCUUUUCACAACAAGCAACAAUGAGCGGCCAUCCAGUGAGGUGGUUGAAGACACUUUUGAAAGAGUCAAGGCUAUGAUUGGAGCCUUUGAUAUGGACGUUGGUCGAGUUCUUGACGUGACAUUGGAUGUUUUUGCUGCCGUCCUUGUCAAGCAGUACCGCUUCUUUGUCAAGUUGCUCCGCGCCAGCUCCUGGUGGCCAAAGGAGGACCCGCUCUAUGCAGUGGAAGGAUCCCAACGUGCUUCUGGCCUGCCGACCUGGGCCCUGCCCGGAUCGUCAGGCUGGGUCACAACUGAAGAGGAGCGACUGGAAACUAUGCAGGCGAAUGAACAGCGUGAUCGAGACUUCUGGGAUCGUGUGCGCGAGGUCGGAAUUCAAGCUUUCUUUGAGCUUGGUCGCAAGCCACUUUCGGAAGAGGAAAAACAAACUGUUCUCCCAGAACCCAACAGUCUUCCUGAAGAGGAAGACGCGACCAAGGUCUGGGUGCAAGAGACGGGGACCCUACCACCGAAGGGUAACCGAGUCGCCGCGUCCCUCCUCGGGUUCAAGCUGCGAUUUUACUCUUCCACGGCCCGGACAAAGUCCGAUGUCUUGCCCGAUAACCUCAUCUAUCUGGCUGCGCUACUUAUCAAAGUAGGAUUCAUCUCUCUCCGUGAUCUCUACGCCCAUCUUUGGAGGCCCGAUGAAUCCAUGGAUGAUUUGAAGUUAGAAAAAAUGACAGAGAAGGCGGAGCGGGAGAAGGCUGCAAGACCCGGAGGUGGAGUCAAUGCCCUCAUGAUGGCUGGUGCUCUAUCAGAUGAUACACUGCCACCAUCCCGUAUUCGUGACUCGGAGACGAGAAUGGCCACCCCAUCAAAGGAUCAAGACGCCGACAAGCAAUCGAUCAAAACAGAUAACGACCUUCCAGAGCCCUCGGACCAAAAGGUCUUGCUCCUUAAGAGCCUCCUAGCCAUUGGCGCCAUCCCCGAAGCCCUCUUUGUCAUGAGCAAAUUCCCAUGGCUGAUGGACGGUUUCCCUGAACUUCCAGAAUUCAUCCACCGCAUCCUCCACCAUUGUCUCAGCAAGGUCUACGCUCCCCUCCGCCCCGAGAACCCCCCUAUGAACCCCCCGCAUACUUUCCCUGGGCAACAACAAAUAUUGAGCACCGAUCAAUCUAAUGUGGCCAAAGGCAGGCUUCGACUUGUACAGCCCCCUCCGCAACGAGUUCUCCGGUGGGCUCAGUUGGACAAAGAAGAUACAAGCGAUGGCACAGACUACCGCUUUUACUGGGACGAUUGGGCAGACAACAUUCCGAUCUGUCAAUCCGUUGAUGAUGUGUUUGCUCUUUGCUCCUCCUUCCUAAAUCUGUCCGGCCACAAGAUUGGACAAGAUACAGUUCUGCUUUCAAAGCUCGCGCGUAUCGGCAAGCACAGCCUGACCAACGAUACCUCAGAAGAGAACAGAGAUCGCUGGCGAGACCUAUGCAAGCGCCUUCUUUUGCCUUCCCUCAGUUUGACCAAGGCCAACCCUGGUAUUGUGAACGAGAUGUUUGAUCUUAUCAGUUUCUUCCCUCGUGAAGUUCGAUAUAACAUGUACGCCGAAUGGUACUCAGGCCAGACCUCCCGACUACCUGAUAUCAAGUCUGCUUUUGAUCAAGCGAGGGCCGAGACCAAGGACGUUCUUAAGAGGCUGAGCAAGACCAACGUCAAGCCUAUGGCUCGUGCACUUGCCAAGAUUGCAUACGCAAACCCAGGCAUUGUCAUCAAUGUGGCUAUCAGCCAGAUCGAAUCAUAUGAGAACCUCAUCGAAGUCGUGGUGGAGUGCGCUCGUUACUUUACCAACCUAGGUUACGACAUUCUGACUUGGUCACUGAUCAACUCUCUUGGUCAAAAAGGAAGAAGCCGUGUCCAGGAGGGUGGCUUGCUCACCAGUCGCUGGCUGAAUGCUCUGGCUGCCUUUGCUGGCAGAACCUUCAAGCGAUAUUCAGUCAUGGACCCGGCUCCGCUGCUUCAGUAUGUCGUGGAGCAGCUACGCCAGAACAAUUCCACGGACCUCAUUGUUUUGGAGCAGUUGAUUAGUUCGAUGGGCGGCAUCAUCUCUGACACAAACUUUAAUGACAAUCAAAUCCAAGCUAUGGCAGGUGGUGAGCUACUCCAAGCACAGACAAUUUUGCAGCUGCUUGAUAAGCGACAUGAGUCGAAGACCACAUCCAAGCGGUUGAUCAAAUCACUGACCCAUACCCGACUCGCUGGUCAACUUUUGGUUGCAAUCGCACAAGAACGACUCACAUGUGUCUUCAACGAAGAAUCUACCGAGCUCAAGUUGCUUGGAAAUGUCUUCGAUGAGAUUCACCGCAUUCUUACUCAGUACCUUGAUCUGCUGCGCAGCAACUUGUCGAUAGAUGAGUUUGACUCAUUUGUUCCCGACCUUGGAUCACUGAUCAAAGAGUUCGGCGUCCAACCUGAAAUUGCUUUUUGGAUUCAACGUGUCAGCGUGUCCAAAAAAAUUUCAGAUUCAGAACGCUUGAAACAGGAGAUGGAACCUUCGCCCAAGGAGAAUCAUCCUGCUGAAGAUGUGAAGAUGGACAAUGCCGAUGACGGAGAGGUGACAGCGGAAUCUGGCAUGGAUGUUGAUAAAGAUGGAAAUACCACACCUCCGUCAGUCACCUCAGACCCAUUGUCUGCGAACCCUGUCAUGCAAGACUUGAUCGACAACGUCAAGUCUGUCCUACCUGCCGACACAUGGGAGAUUGUGGGACCGCAUUUCUAUGCAACUUUCUGGCAACUCUCUCUUUACGACGUGCACAUUCCUGGAAGAUCUUACGAGGAUGAGAUUGAUCGAUUGAAGCGCCGAGUAGUCAUGAUCAACAAUGAUCGCUCGGAUCUCAGCAUGGCUGGCACGAAACGGAAAGAGCAAGAAAAGAAGCAGAUCACUCAACUUCAAGAUCGGAUUCUUGAUGAGAAUAAGAACCAUCUGAAGGCGUAUGAUCAGACUAGGAGAAGACUACAGAAAGAGAAGGACCGCUGGUUCGCUGGCAUGCGUCUUAAGCAUGAUGCACUGAAUGUUGCUCUCUUAGAAAGAUGCUUCAUUCCGCGCUUGCUCCUCUCGCCCCUUGACGCCUUCUACUCUUUCAAAAUGCUCAAGUUCCUACACAGUUCCGGGACCCCCAAUUUCCGAACCGUUGGUUUGAUUGACCAGCUGUUCCGUGAACAGCGGUUGACGUCGCUCAUCUUCCUUUGUACAUCAAAUGAGGCUGAUAACUUCGGACGAUUCCUUGGUGAGAUUUUGCGUGACCUAGGUCGUUGGCACGCCGACAAGGCUGUCUACGAGAAGGAAGCUUUCGGUGCCAAGCGAGAUCUUCCUGGCUUUGCAAAGAAUGUGGGCCCCGAAGGUAUACCAACAAUGUUUUUGGAGUUUGAGGACUUCCGGCGUGUGCUGUACAAGUGGCACCGGGCCCUCUCUCAUGCUUUCAAAACUUGUUUCACUGGAGGUGAAUACAUGCACAUUCGCAAUGCGAUCAGUGUCCUCAAAGCUGUCGUCCAGAGUUUCCCGGCUGUUAACUGGAUUGGCCGUGACAUGUUGAACUGCGUUAACAACCUGAGCAAGACUGACGAGAGAGAUGAUGUCAAGAUUCCUGCCGCCUCACUAAUCGGAGAUCUCAAUCGACGAGAGAAGAAGUGGAUGCUUCCACAGGAGUUUAGCCUUAUUAAGGUUCUGCCAGGUGACCCUGGACAGCCCAAGUCUGGUUCCCAACCGCCUGGACAAUCCCCUACUCCGACAAAUCUGAAUGCCACAGCACCUGAAUUCCAGCCCACAGCUCUAGAAUCCACUGAUAAGAGACAAGAAGCGCCUGGCAAGAUUGAAGUCGAGGAUGGUGAGAUCGAAGAUGCAAAGAUGGCGGAGGCUGCGGAUGCCAUAUCAAGAGGCGAGAACCUUGAAGAUGCAGCGACGAACUCUACCGCCAUGGACACAAGCGGGGAUUCGGCACAAAUUGAUCGUCCGUCUGCAGAACAACGCGUCCAGGCUGACCCGCCCUCGCGGCCUCGGCCAAGCUCCCGAGCUCCAGAUUCAGGUCGUAUGGCAGAUAUACCGAAACGUCCAGAGCCCGAGCGCAUCAAUCCACGUGAGCAAGCGCGUCGUCCACGCAUCAGCGAAGGCAGAUUGCCUGCACGUCCUGAGCCCGCGGAUGACCGACGAGACAGACAUUCUGACUUCAAUCCACGGACGCGUCAUGGUCCCGAUCAUGGUCGUUCGUUUGAUGGCCCACCUGGAGAUGUCAGAGGCCAUGGACGUCCCUCGGAUCGUGAUCGCGACUUCCCAAUGAGGCCCCUACCAGACGAUCCAAUGCGCGGUCCACCAUACCGCGAGGGUCGCAUGCCACGAGAACCGGAGUGGCCCAUGGAUCGCCAAGGACGCAUGCGUCCAUCUGAUUCGUUCCAUGGCCCUGAGCCUCCUGUUCGCACUGAGCUUAUGCCGGACUACCCUGACCGGCCUGGCAGCGGUCCCCGUCGUGGUGAACCAGCUCGGCCGGACAAGGAUGAUCGACGACCGUAUCCACCACGCGGUCCAACUCCCCCACGAUCUGACCUGCCCAAUCGCCCAGAGCGGUUCCCCAAUGAUCGUCGCUCCGCCAGCUUUAAUCAGCCACCUCCUCCCCGUCAUGAUGAUCUGCCAAGAGGCCCACGCAACGAUCGUGCAGGUGCUGAACCAAGAGACCCGACAGCCGGUCCCGAUAUGGAGCAUGGUCGACUACAGCCUCCAAAUGAUAUUCCAUCAGGGCCAAGGAGCAGACGGGGUGGCCGUAACGCCCCUGGCGCACAGCCUACUUCGGCUUCGACCAAUGGUAAAAUGCCUAACCCUGACCAGCAACUGCCAACUGGCCCUGGCCGGCAAGGCGGACGUGCAGGUCCUGCUCAACCUCCUGCCACACAACCUCCACCUUCAGAGCGAGGCGAAGUUUCGGGAAUUCACCCUGAUCGACUCAAGCACUUUGAAGGUCCUCCAUCCCAACCGACAUCAAACACAGCAAUGAAUCCUCCCUCUGGUCCCCGUGCGGGACCUGGCGGACAACCGGGCUCUCGUGGAUCUGGCAAUGAGCGCGGACGCAGUGACAAACGAUUUGCUGGCCUCAACACCAUGUUGCAGCAGCAGACCAAUAACCCUGCUGAUCGUGUUCCUGCCACUCCGCCACCUCGCGGACGGGGUGCAAACCGACAAUCGAAUGCCGCAAACCCUUCUCCCCAGGCUUCGAAUCGUCCCCCCACUGGCCCAGCUGCAUCUGGCGAUGACAGCAACCCCCGCGGAAGUGGCAGCGGUGGCCGUGGUGAUCUGAUUGAUGAUGCUCCUACACCUGAGGCUCGUCGCUCAGGACGUGAUCGUGAUCGUGACAGUCACCGUGACGGCCGCGAUCGUCGUGGCGACGAGUCCACCAACAGCGGUGGCAACAGUCGCCGCGAAGACCGCCGUGAGCGUGAUAGGAACCGACGCAGUGAUGUUGAUGGUGGUGCCAGUCGAGAAGAGAAGGACCGUGACCGCGAACGUCACACUGAAUCCCGCGAGUCUAUGCGUCGCAACCCUAACUCGCGUGAAGAGGCCCGACGACGAGACCGUCGAGACCGGGAUGAUGGGCCAUCAGAGACGGGCCCUAUUCCUAGUGCCAAUGCGAACGCCAACAAUGAAAGUGAAGGCCGCAUCCGUCCUUCUUCUUCAAUGGGAGCACCACCGCCCCCACCUCCUCCACCUCCGCCACCUCCAUUGCCCACUGACGACAACCCACGUCGCUGGAGCUCUGGUGGAGACCGUGGGAAUCGAUCUGACAACCGUGACCGGGAACGCGAGCGCCGAGGUGACCGUGGCCGUGACCGCGAUCACCGAGAGAGUGGCGGCUCAAGCCAUCGUAAGCGUGGACGCCCUAACCCAGAAGACAAUGCCGGUGGUGAAGGACCUCAGCGUGGCCCACGCUCGGGCAACGAAAAUAAGCGUCCCCGUCGUGGGCAGUGA